AUGGGAGCGGAGACGAGGGCCGAGACCAGUCUCGAUCCGGCCUUGCUCGCGGAGCGCAUCCCGCUGGAGGCCGUUCCGGUCAUCGAUCUCGAAAGCUUUCUGGCCGGCACGCCGUCCGAGCGAACCCGGGUGGCCCGCCAGAUCGGCGAGGCCUGCCGCAACAUCGGCUUCUUCUACAUCGUCAAUCAUGGGGUCCCGGCUGAGCUGCGCGCGGCCGUUUUCGCAGAAGCCAAGCGCUUCUUCGACGGCCCGCUGGAGCGCAAGCUGCAGAUCGACAUCGAACGCUCCGCCUGCCAUCGCGGCUACUUCAAGCUGGGCGGCGAGAACCUGGACCCGGCCAAGCAGACGCAGGGAGGCGACCUGAAGGAAGGCAUCAAGAUCGGCCGCGACCUGCCCGGCGAUCAUCCCCUUGUCGCCGCCGGCACGCCCCUGCACGGCCCCAAUCAGUGGCCCGGCGGCCUGCCCGGUUUCCAGGAGACCCUGCAGAGCUACUUCGACCGGCUCAACGACCUCGGCCGCCAACUGAUGCAGGCCUUCGCCCUGGCCCUGGAACUGCCGGAAGAUCACUUCGAGCGGGAUCUGGACCUGCCCAUGGCGACGGUCGGACCGCUGCACUACCCGCCGCAGCAGGGCCGGAUCAGCGAGGCGCAGAUCGGCGCCGGCGCCCAUACCGACUUCGGCUGCCUCACCAUCCUGGCCCAGGACGAAGCCGGCGGCCUGCAGGUGCGCAACGCGGCCGGUCAGUGGAUCGACGCGCCCUUCAUCGCCGACUCCUUCGUGGUGAACAUCGGCGACAUGAUGGCACGCUGGACCAACGACAUCUUCGCCUCGACCCAGCAUCGGGUGAUCAACCGCUCGGGCCGGGAGCGCUAUUCGAUCCCCUUCUUCUUCGACCCCGACCACGACGCCGAUGUCUCCUGCCUGCCGACCUGCUGCGGCCCCGACCGGCCGGCGCGCUAUCCGCCGACAACCGGACUGGAACACCUGCUGGAGAUGAUCAACGCCACCUUCGACUAUCACCGCGAGCGGGCAUCCUAG